AUGCACGCCUUGCUCCCUACCACAAAGCUAGCUCGACAACCCCGGCACUGCCACCACCCCAUUGCCGCCUCUCGUCUCGGUAACGCCCGCUGUCUGAAGAGAUUCAAAUUAGCCAGUGAGUCACCCCCUUACCUUUCUCUCUCUCUCUCUCUCUCUCUCUUUCUCAACCGACCAGAGCAAUUCAUUUCUCUCUCUCUCUCUCUCUCUCUCUCUCUCUCUCUCUCUCUCUCUCUCUCUCUCUCUCUCUCUCUCUCUCUCUCUCUCUCUCUCUCUCUCUCUCUCUCUCUCUCUCUCUCUCUCUCUCUCUCUCUCUCUCUCUCUCUCUCUCUCUCUCUGAAUCAAUUGUCAGCACAUGUUGAGACCAUCUUCUACAACCCUGAUCGGCCUCUCGUGGUCCAGGAAAAAGUUGAUGGCGCUAAUCUGGGCUUCUCCCUUGCCCCUGACGGUCGGGUGCUGGCACAGAAUCGAUCCCACUAUGUCAACAGCAGCACCCACGCCCAAUUCAAAACGCUGGAUGCUUGGAUUUCAGCGCACAUUGAAGACCUGUACGCUGUUUUGGCCCCGCCCACGGGCGAGCGUCGGGUUUUGUACGGCGAGUGGCUUUAUCUGCGCCACACCGUUGCCUACGAUCGCCUUCCAGACGUCUUCCUGGCCUUUGACCUGCUUGAUUUGCAUACUGCACGCUUCCUGAGUCAUGAGCGCUUUCAAGCUGCUCUUGCCGAUACAUCUCUGCAUACCGUGCCCGUCCUUUAUCAGGGACGGGUGGCCGGAGAAGAGGCCGUGCGCGCUCUCUUGGACCACCAAUCACACUUCUCCCCGCACAAAGUCGAAGGUCUCUACUUUCGUUCUGAACAGGACGGAUGGCUCCUACAUCGGGGCAAGGUUGUUCGCCCUGAUUUUGUACAGGCGCUUGGUAAGCGCUGGGAGGCCAAGGGCAUUGUGCGCAAUGAUACAACUGAACACUCAAACCUGGCUUCCGAAGAUCAGGUGUUUAACCAGACCUAUAAGAUUAAGAUGCUUACAGCCCAUGAGAACAUGCGGCAACGACAAGCAGCCUGUAUCUUGCGGCUGCGUGCACCAACAAAGAACAUGGCCACUCACGAGCCUUUGCCCCCACCGCAUCAUUACGACUACGGCGAAGAUGACGUGGUUCGGGCGCUGCCCGCCAACCUCUUUCAGAACAUUGGUGCAGAGAGCAGUUUGCCAUGGAGCGGAAGCCAACUUUUGAUAGCCGAGGGACCAGUCGCUUCAUUGGCCGCCAUCUGCAGUCUGGGACUGGAUGAAGAGGCUAGCCCUGUCCAGUUCAAAGCGCGCAUUCACGUGGCUGACCGUCUUGAUCCGGUGGAAGUAGAGGCCAAACUGUAUCAGACCAGUGACAACGGCAUUGCUUGCUUGGUGGAUACUGCUUUGCCCCUCAGUGCUGCCCGCGAGUGGAUGCAACAGUUGGCCCAGCGAGUGUCCGUCCCACGCGUCGUAGUCGUCACGGAAGCUGAUCUUCACACUUUCCUAGCUGCUGAUGAUGCUGCGCACAUGAGCCCUACGACAAGCGACGAGGGAGCUGCUCUUCGUACCCUGGGAACACAGAUGGUGCAGGAUGUUGCCUUUCUAGAACAGCCAAAUUUGCUUACGGGCCUGCCGGCCGCGGCCACCAUGUAUGCUCUGAUGCAUAGUUGGGAGCACCAAGUCUUUGUUGUGUUUCGGCGCAAGAGGCUCAAACUCGAUUGGCGCGCCAUUUGGCACGCUUUCGACAACGCCCAUCUGAAGCCAUGCUGUAUCUCUGAGAAGACUGGUGAUGCACGACACCUGAAGCGCUUUGCAAAACCAGCUUUUACGAGCCCCUUGCAACAGCGUCAGAAUGCUAGACUAGCGCUUAAGGAAAGCAUGAUCGUGUCGGUGUAUGUGCUUGUGUGUGUAAGUGUGUGUUCGCGCGGUGCAAUGAGAGACAUGUGUGCUGUGACACCCAUUGACAUUUGUGCACCGCGUCCAGAAGAUGAAGAGCGUGCGGCACCCUGGCCGCGUGGGGAAAUGAUAAACGCGAUGGAUUUGGAAGGGAAAAAAAAAAGUAAGAAGAAAGACCACAAUCUUUAG